AAGGCUGUGUGGGAAGUUCAUGUCUCAGAGCCUGUAGCAUUGCUCUGCAGAGUGUCUGGAGCCUAAUGUAUGCAAAGAAACUGAUAAAUAGGGAAAAGGCCCAGUUUGCUCCAGCUGGACUCAGAGCUGGAAUCACUGCUACAUCCCAACAGACUUGCUCUGGGAAGAAGAGGCUCUCUCUGGAACUAGCAAAGUAAGGUGGAAACACCAAAUUUUGGCACCAUUUCAUUCACAUUUUGUGAAAGAUUUUGAGACCAAAGAGCCCUGGAUCACAUUCAGGAUGGGAUUUAUUACUAAGAUUUACCUGCGUCUGACAUACUGAGUGAAGUUUCCUUCUCAAAAGUCUAUCAUACACCAAAGUGAAUGAAACAGUACAAUUUGGAGCAGAACAUGGCGAAUACAUUUGUCACAGUACCUGAUGGGUAUUGUCUUGCUGAGCCCAUACAGUAUUAUGAUGUUUUACCAGAGCAUAUCAAUUAUCAGCUGCAAGACACAGAUUUUCAGACUACUCCUUACUGCCAGUAUUCCACAGUUCAAUUUCCUCCUCCAGUACUACAGUCACAACCUUCACAAUCCCAGUACAGUACAUACAGCCUGGACUCUCAGUACAGCGAUGGGCAGUAUAUAAUCAGCAACUGUGAAUUAAGCAAGCCCUCUUUCAUGGCUUCCCACAUUGAUGACAGUGGAUAUCAAGGACUAAAAAGGCCAAGAUUAAACCAUUCUUCCUUGCGAAUGAAGGGACAGGAAGAGCUCUGCGUUGUGUGUGGGGACAAGGCCUCAGGCUAUCACUACAAUGCACUUACCUGUGAAGGUUGUAAAGGCUUCUUUCGACGUAGCAUCACUAAAAAUGCAGUGUAUCGAUGCAAGAAUGGUGGUCACUGUGAAAUGGACAUGUACAUGCGAAGAAAGUGUCAGGAAUGUCGCCUGAAGAAGUGUAAGGCUGUGGGGAUGCUAGCAGAAUGUUUGCUGACUGAAGUACAGUGCAAGUCAAAGCGACUCAGGAAAAAUUUCAAACAGAAGAGCAGUUUCCUUUGCAACAUAAAACUAGAAGAUGAGGGACUGAAUAGUAAGCACGUAUCAUCUACAACAAGACCUGGAAAAAUCCCAGAGAAGAUGGAACUCACUCCAGGAGAACACCAACUUCUUGACCACAUUGUAGCAGCACAUCAAAAAUACACAAUUCCCCUUGAGGAAGCAAAGAAGUUUCUACAAGAAACUGCAAGUCCAGAGGAAAGCUUUCUGCGUCUCUCUGAGACAGCAGUUGUUCACGUACAAGUGUUAGUGGAUUUCACAAAAAGACUCCCAGGAUUUGAAAGUUUAGCUAGUGAAGAUCAAAUUGCAUUGCUAAAAGGGUCAACAGUUGAAGCAAUGUUUUUGCGUUCAGCCCAGAUAUAUAACCAAAGAAUUAGUGAAUGCCAAUCAUCAACAAGUGAAAGUCAUGGAAGAUUUUCUGAUCAUGUGACGUGUUGCCACAUUCAAAACCUGGAUAAGAAUGCCAUUUAUUCCAUGGAAAUGUCUCACAAUGAAGACAGGCCGACUUCCACUACCACCACAGGUAUAACCGAGGAGUUUAUUACUGCGCUGUUUUACUUCUACAGAAGCAUGGGAGAACUUAAAGUGACCGAGACAGAAUAUGCCCUGCUUGUGGCAACAACGGUGUUUUUUUCAGACCGGCCGCUCCUGAGGAACAAGCGGCACGUGGAGGAGCUGCAGGAGCCGCUCCUGGGCAUCCUCUACAAGUACUCGAAGAUCCACCACCCCGAGGACCCGCAGCACUUCGCCCGCCUCAUCGGACGCCUCACGGAACUGCGCACUCUCAACCACACCCACGCGGAGGUGCUGGUAACGUGGCGGACCAAGGACCCCCGACUGACCUCCCUGCUCUGCGAGAUCUGGGACCUGCACUAAGGCGGCGCCGAGCCUUGCCCCCCGCCACGCAGUAAACGUACAGCGGCGUCCCGGCGGCCGUUAUUGCCGCGCCGCCGCUUCCCGCCUUUUCGCUCUCCCUCAGCGGGCGGCGAGCCGGGUGUGCACGUACUUGUCCUGAGGCGCCGCCUCGGCGGUCCGCCCUCUCCUCCGAGGCUAUGGAAAAGGAAAAGCCAUUUAAGUUGUUCGUGCCGCCGCGUCUGAGCGGUGGCCAGGUGUCUGCAGUCAAGCCGCAGGCCAGCGCUCGGGUCGCGGGGCUCGGUCAGGUAAAGGGCGCAGCCGCCCCCCGCGCGCUGCGCCGCUCCUGAGGCGGUGGCCCGGCUCGGCCGCGGGGCGCCGCGGUGGCGCGGGGCGAGCGCCCAGCUGAAGCCCUGGGCCGCAUGACAGCGUUUUGCUGCAAACUGCCAAGAUUGGCGGGGGGCGAGCAUUUUCAAUUUUGAUUUCCGAUAUUUUUACUUUAUUUCUGUCACAGCCCAAAAGACAUCUUCUCGGCUGUUUGCUAUGUAUUUUAACUGUUCACUACCAACGACACAUAACUAGAUGUUUGAUGUGGGUAAUUGAAAACAAUAAGUUGGGAAGGACACAACUUCUUGUUGUGACUCACUUGGAUUUAUUGUUCCCACCACAAUCAAAUGUAGAGUGAAAGUGUUCUGUCACUAGGCACCAAAUUAUCUGAAUUCAACAAGUGCUUUUUUUUCAUGUUGA